AUUCUGAUAACUUACAAUUCUGACUUUGAACUGAUGGACAAAGUUUGCCAUUACUUUUAUGGAUGCUCUAUCGAGGUGCUAUACAACGUAUCACUAACAACAAUGCUUGGAAUGUGUGUGGAGAGACUGAUCUCAGUUAUGGAACCUUUGUGGUUUAGCACAGUUUGGACGGAAAACAAAUAUUCGCUAUGGAUUAAUGUGGCUAUGGUAGCACUUGGCACAGUGCCAACAGUUACUCCUCUAGUGACACAAUUUGUGGAAUAUCAUCAUAGCAGAGGUUGGAUGUACUGUCGGAUGGCUGGAAGUAAAUCUCAUUUGAUGACUUACAUAUGGCUGAACAACUGUACUAUCUACAUACCAUCUAUCUUGGGUGUGGUUGCUGUGUACAUUGCAGUUCAGGUAAAGGCUACACAAGCUCGUAGGAUGACAAGACAAUUUAGAGAAGAAUGCAAGAUUGGAACCAAUAAAAAGCUGGAAGCUGAAACAGGAAUCAGUAUGGACAAAAUAAAGCAGUCCCUCUAUAAUGCAAGAAUAACUAUAAUGCUGCUGUGUGUUUUUGUUGGCACCAAACUGCCCAUAGCUAUUCUGUCUUACGCGCACUACUUUCACAUGGCAAAAACUCCCGUUUAG